AUGGAAGGCUACAGAUACACGCUGACCGGGUUCGGCGAAUUCCUCGAACUGCGUAGUGUCUCGUUCGCCCAGCCGAUGGCGGCCAUACGCGUCUGCGUCAUCUGUGGUCUCGUGCCUUCCCGCAUCCAGGUACUUCGGUGCGGUCACGGCUUGUGCGAUCACUGUUACUCGCACAUAGAGAGCUUCGAUCGUUGUCCCGCGGACGGCGCAAAGCUCGAAGCGCGCACCUCAGUUGAACCGCUCAUUUUCAAGCUUUCCGAUCUCGAGCAGCGUCGCGUCUAUUGCGCAGCCGCCAGUGACGCCAACAGUGGCUGCGGCUUCGCCGGAACGUUAUAUGAGCUGAGAAACCACUUGACCCAGUGCGGCGGCGGCAAAGUCAGGUGCUACAAAUGCCACCGACCCAUCGCUCGGGACUCACUCAGGGACCAGAUGCGGACAUGUCCUGGUGAGACAGAGGUGAGGGCGGCGGUUGGAUCUCAUAGCUGUAGCACAGAACCCACUGACGUCAGGUCCUUGCCGGAGCGAGUAGCUAGCCUCGAACGCGAGUUGCGCAAGGUUCGGCAAGAACUACAAGACUUGGGUGAUCCAACAGAUUCGAAGAAGCGAAAGUCUGCGCCGACAAUACUGGGGCCGUUUUGCGCCGCUUCGGCAGCCGGUGUCCUGAUCACUACCUGCAAGUUCAGUGACGUCGACGCCGCGUAUGACUCUCUGAACAGAGACAACAAGACACGCAGGAUAGCAAGCGACACGUACAUGUUGGGCGGUUACACGUUCCGACUCGACUGCGAGUUCUCAAAGAAGAGGCCCACAGCUGGUUAUGUGCGCUUUAUUUUUCACUUGCGGGACGGUGAAUGGGACAGUUACGUGGAGUGGCCCUUCAGCAAGAAGGUGACCCUGAUCGUGAUGCAUCUCAGGGACGCCGCGAAGAGCAUCCGCCUACCGCUGAACCCGAAGUCCAAAUGCAAUAUGGUGCAGAGACCGCGGUCAGAUUCCUGGAACUGGGGACAGUGGACGACGGCGAUAAAGUGGGAAACCAUCAAACUUCAAGGCUUUGUGGAUAAGGGGGCCCUGUACCUCAACGUAGAGUUCGAGUGA